UCAUCGUCGCCAAUACCUCACCCUCAACAACGCCAUCAGGCCGCAAACCAACCCAUUCCCCUCUCCUCCGACCUCCUCUGGUGAUUUCACAUCAGAUUUCCCACAAUGGCCGCACCCGCCUCAGCAUCGGCCCGGGCGCGCAAGCUCGACCUGGGCGGCUUCCUCAACAUUCGCAUCCUGCGGGACCAUACCAAGCGCAAAGCUUUCGAGCAGGCCGAGCCACACCGACAGGCCUUGCGGUACAUGAUCCGGAACACAAAGCUGCCAGAAUCCAUCCGCCAACGUGCCGUGCUCGAGCUCAAUCAAAUGAGCAAUUAUACUCGACGGACGCAGAUCAAAAAUCGUUGUGUUAUGGGUGGUGUGGCGAGGGGUGUCUUCAGAGCCUUCAGACUGGGCAGGUACCAAUUCAGAGAAUUGGCUCUGGAAGGGAGCUUGCCUGGUGUGAAGAAAGCUAGUUGGUAAAAUAUUGGUGAUGGGGACAACAUGAAUUUGUACAUUACUACAGGCAUACCUGAGGGAACAUGCCUGGGAUCAAGCCAGCAUAUCAAGUUGGUGUAGCAUAGCAUGUGGCGUUGGAAUCUGUGUUCAAGAUGAUUACAUCCAAGCUCCAAGCAUUUCUUUUUGCUUGACCACGUUUCUCCUUUCCAAUGGUGACAAGCUCUUUACCG